GUCCCCUUCUGAAUGGAGUGUCUUUAACGUGAGAGUGGAGGACUUAACUUUCAGCACGAAAAUAUUAGAGCCAUGCAUUCGGUCCUGGUCGCUGCCUUCCUGACCCUGCUGCUCUGCCUCCCCAGUCCCGGUCAUGGAGAAUCCUACUUUGGGGACAGCUACUGCAGUUUACAAGCCUUCCAAGAUGUCUCCUCCUUCCACCUGUCACUACAGAUCAAGACGAGUCGGCGAAGUGGGCUGUUGUUUUUGGCUGCAGGAAUAGAGGACUACCUGUUCCUUGAGCUCCAAAAUGGGAAAAUACAGGCACGGAUGAACAUGGGUGCUGGCGAGGUGACACUGUCCUCAUCCCAAGGAGUACAGCUGAACAACCUUCUGGACCACAAAAUCUCACUCACACUGCAAGAUGGCAAACUCACAAUGACAAUUGAUGAUCUCUUCCCGACAUAUGUUCCUGUGGAUGACGAUGGCGAACAGCUAAAUAUUGACCAAGGCAUUUGGCUUGGAGGAACAGGAGACCUGGAUGCUGCCUACCUCAGCAAUGCCAUUCCCCCUUUCCGCGGCUGCAUGACUCAGGUCAAAUUUGAGUCCCACCAGUUUGAUAUUCUCAGCACAGCGUUUAAACAAUGCCACGACACAAAGGAGUCCUGCAGCAGUGAGUUUGAGGCUGGUGAUGGGGAGGCAACUAGUUUCAGCACUCCUGAUUCCUUUGUGUCCUUCCCCACCUGGAGCGGGGCAAGUGGUGCUCCAAGGGUCUUAGAAGUCCUAAUGAAAACCACCAUUGAGGAUGCGUUACUCGUUUUCCACCCUGGCCGAGAUUCAGACUUUAUUGCUAUUGGUGUUGUGAAAGGCUUUCUCAAAGGUAUGCUGGAUAUCGGCAGUGGCUUGAAGGUACUGGAGAAUACCCAUGUGCAGCUGGAUGAUGAUCAGUGGCAUAGAGUUAAGGUUCACAUCAGUUCAGAUUCUUUUGUCAUUAAUGUAGAUAGCCAGUCUUCCUCCCUCCCACUUGACUCGUCACAAAAUUUGGACUUGGUGGGAAACUUGUAUUUAGGAGGUAUCCAGGGGAAAAUGAAGGAUGUCUUUCGUGAGAGUGGGUCCUUAACGCACGUAGAGGAGGACAUGACAGCCGAAUCCUUCAUAGGUUGUUUAAGCGAAAUCAAAGUAAAUCAAAAGGAUAGAAGCCUUCAGGAUGCUUUGGUGACCAAAGAUGUUCAUGUUAAAUGUGAAGGAGAGGAUUAUGACUACUCAACGUACGAUGACCCAGAUGCAACUACAACCUCUCCACCUGUUAGCAUCACAUACGUUUAUAACGGCGAUCAGCAUUGCUACCCUACAGAUGACAUGCCAGAGAUGUUCAAAAAUGUGACAAAACUUCUUGAUGUCACCCCAUUACUUGUGCCCGAAGGUGGGGAAGCUUCUCUUGAUAUCAACAACCUAAGCCCUACAUUCGACCUCAGUGCCGCAGGAAUGCGUCAGUCUCAGAUAAUCUUUACUCUCCAGAAUGAUCCCUGGUAUGGCUUGAUUGAUAUGAACACUAACACAAAACGCACACAAAAGUUCACUCUUCUCGAUGUUGUCAAUAAGAAAAUUAAGUAUAUGCAUGAUGGAAAUGAAAGGCAUGCAGAUCAAAUCCAGCUGCAGGUGGUUGCGCAAAGUAACGGCUACCUUCCAGAAUGUUUAAAAACUCCUCAGGAGUAUGUUCUCCCAGUUGAAGUUCUGCCCGUCAAUGAUAUACCACAACUUGGUGGAGGAGAAAUCACCAUUACAGAAAACGGCAGAACUCGUUUGAGUCCCAGCCUAAUCAAAAUCAUGGAUUCUGACACACGCUGUGAUGAAUUAGUAGUAACUGUAACCUCAGAGCCUUCCAUGGAAGUUGGUUACUUAGAAAACGGUCAGCAGCCAGGAAGAAGCAUCUCAGAGUUCACUUGCAGGGAAUUGAAAGAUGGAAAUAUAUAUUUCAUACACAGAGGGGGUAGUGCUGCUGAAAUUACCUUGGAGGUGUCUGAUGGACAGUCAGUAAGCCAUUCAACUACUUUUAAGUUAUCUGUGACCCAGCCACAUAUGACUAUUGUCACCAACACCGGCCUUCUCUUGUCUCAAGGAAGCAACGCAUCCAUAGGUGUUCAAAAUCUGGCUGUCAUCGCUCAUCCUCGUAAUGGAGAUAUUAUGUAUAACGUCACACAACCUUUGAUGUUUGGAGAACUCCAGAUGAUGACAAGUGAUAGAAUGUACAAGCAGGUUACAACUUUCCAUCAAUCUGAUCUGGAUCAAGACCGCCUUAGAUACAUCAGCACAGACUCGAGCGACCAGGAAGAUAUUGUGAGCGAGCGUAUUCAGUUCAACGUCCACCUGGGACAGUUCUCCCUCUGGAACAACACCUUCUUGGUCAAGAUCAUCCCUUCCCAAGUGAAAGUUUCUAACCUGGUUCCACUGGAGAUGGAGGCCGGUGAAGAGCAAACAAUCAGACUCACAGAGCUUCAAGCCCAAGUUAAAGGGAAAAACCCUGAUCCACAAACUGUAAAGUACAUCAUUGUCAAGCCUCCAACACUCGGUAGUCUCCAGUUGUCAGACAGGCAGUUGGCAGAGAGUGACAUCUUCACACAAAAGGACAUUUUGAACAGUGCUGUUAGCUACAGGGCGCGUGCGCAAAGAGCUGAGGGUAGUAUAGACCAGUUCCAGUUCAGAGUAUUUGCUGAUGAUCAGUAUUCCCCUCUAUACACCUUUCCGAUAACCAUCCUCGCUAAUGUAGAUGCUCCUUUAUUGACCAAUGAGAGGCUGGUUGUCUUGCAGGGUGGCGAGCAUACUCUGAACAAAAACAAUCUUUGGAUGCAUUCUCCAGGUUCCACAGAUUUUGUGUACCGGGUCACACAGGGACCAAAGUAUGGGCGACUGAUAAGGGACUCCCCACCCGGGCAGCCUAGAUUUGAGGGGGCAAUAAGAGUAUUUAGCAAUGAAGACCUCCAGUUUGGAAGGCUUAUUUACAAGCACGAUGGCUCCAAGACAAGCAGUGAUGAGUUCCGUUUUUCAGCAUUUGAUCAAGCAGCGGAAAGUUCAGACAAUGAAGAAACAAUGAAUGGUGUUUUCAGAAUUUCUAUCCAAUCCAAGAACGAGCAUGCUCCUGUGAGGGUUGUGGACAAAGUCUUCAAUAUAGUCCGCCACGGUCAGCGUCUGCUAACAACAGAUGUCAUCCAGUUUAAGGAUGACGACUCAGGUUUCAAUGACACCCAAAUUGUCUACGCUCGUGAGGGAAUCCUCUCAGGCAACAUUGUCUCAACAUCUAAUCCCUCUCAGCCCCUUUUUCGUUUCACACAAGCCGACCUACGAGAUAAGAACAUCCUCUUCAUUCACCACGGAGCAGACCGGGAACGCUUCUCACUGCAGGUGUCAGAUGGCUUCCACAAGACCACCGCGCUGCUUGAUAUCCAGGCAGGCGAGCCCUACCUGCGAAUAGUAAACAACACAAUCAUUGUCAUUGACCAUGGAAGCACCAAGACCCUUAACACCACUCUACUGAGCGCUGACUCCAACAUGGACAUCAGAGAUGACAGUGAGAUCAAGUUCCAGGUCAUAUCGCCACCCAGCGACGGCAGGAUUAUUGUGAGUGGGAUUGAGGCUUCAGAGUUCACCCAGGAGGACCUGAAAAAAGGCGUUGUCUCAUAUGAGCAUAAUUAUGAGAGUCUGAGGUCCAAGGACUCCUUUACCUUCUCUGUCCAAGCAAGAGGACAUUCUGAAGAGAGCACAUUCAGAAUUAAAAUAUUCAAGCAAGGUUACUUCUCUGAGCCUGAGGUGAUAACCAAUGAGGUCAUCAUUUCCUAUGAGGGAGAGCACACCAUAAUCACCCAGGAUAAUCUCAAGGUGGAUCAAGCUGAUAUUCUUCCUACAGAAAUGGUGUUCACCAUUAAAAACCCUCCUCGUCUCGGCCAUGUGGUCAAGCUGACAAACAGCUCGGACAGCACAGCCUCGCCUGUCCUCGACUACAUUCACUCCUUCACUCAAGAGGACAUUGAUCAGGGACACAUUCUCUAUGUGUCUGCAUCCAUCCAGGGCAAUGAUGCCUUCACAGUUGAUGUCAGUAAUGGUUUUACGACAGUGGAGGACCUGCACAUCUCUGUGAACAUUGUGCCCCAGCUCAUCCCCAUCCAGACCUUCAACUUUACAGUGAAGGAAGGCCUCAGCAGAUCAAUUAACACAGAGAUUCUUAACAUCUCGCAUCCCUUCUACAGCUUAGCAAACAUCGACUUUGUUGUGGAAGAGGCACCACAGCACGGGGACAUCCGUUACCUGGAUGGAGACGAACUUACUUACUUUACAUGGGAAGAGAUGAAACUUGGACACAUCUACUACAUGCAUGACAGCACCGAGAGCAAAGAGGACAGUUUUACACUCUCUGCCUCGGCUUAUGAGAUUGAGCGCCGGAGCCUCCCUGUCACCAUCGCGGUGACUGUCAUACCAGUCAACGAUGAGCCGCCACAAUUGACACGUAACACGGGACUGGAGGUUCUUGCUGGAGAGGAGGCGGACAUCACCUCCAGCAUGCUGAACACUGAGGAUGCUGAUACCCCUGCAGAGGAACUGGUUUACCACGUUGAGGUGCCAAACAAUGGGAUGGUGGCGUUGAAAGAGGCGCCCGAGGAGGGCAUCCUAAAUUUCACACAGGCUCACAUAAACAAAGGGGAGGUCAUCUUCAUUCACGAGGGUGAGGAGUCUGGUGGUUUCAGUUUCACAGUGACAGACGGAGAGCACACAUCUCCUCUCUACCAAUUUGUUGUCACAGCCAGGCCUCUCACCAUCACCAUGGUAACGCAGGAGGAGCUCAUGGUAUUUCCAGGAACAAGGCAGUCUAUCACAAGUGCCAAUCUGGGGGCUGUAACCAAUGAGGAUGGAAAUGAGAUAAACUACUCUCUUAUCCGCCCACCUCGUUUGGGGAGGCUCAUCCUGGCCAAUGACAGGAACCAGUAUGAGGAAAUUACCCGCUUCUCACAAACACAACUGGAGUCAGGAGCAGUCUACUAUGAGCACCAGUUACCUGAGGAGCCUUUUUGGGUGGUGAGGGACUCCGUAGAGCUAACUCUGUCAUCCCAACCAGCCCCAGAUGUCCGUCACAUCCUGCCCAUCACCAUCUCUUACUAUGCUGCUCACAGUAACAUCUCCUCACAGCUGUGGAAGAACAAAGGUUUGGAAAUUGUGCAAGGCCAGAGGGAAACCAUUGACGAUUCAAUUCUUGACGCCUCAAACCUUCUGGCUAUCCUACCUGAAGUUAAGCAAGACAAUGUGGAUGUGAUUUUUGAGAUUAAGCGUUUCCCUGACCACGGUCGUAUCACCCUGGGUGGUCAGGACCUGCCCCGUAAUGCCCCAUCCUUUAUGCAGAAAGAUGUAGCUCAAGGAAAGCUGGAGUAUCUCCAUGAUGACUCAGGGGCUUCCUUUGACAGCUUCUCUUUCAGAGCUCGUCUAAAGUCUGAGGGUCAGGGUGUGGCCUCACCUGCCGAAGCCGUGGUCCUGGAGGAGAUAUUUAACAUCUCAAUCAAACGGCGGGGCUCUGACUCCCCCGACCUAGUCACUAUAGACAUGCUCUUGGAGGUUCUUCAAGGCUCCAUGACCAUUUUGACCCAGAAGCAUCUUAACACUCAAGACGAGGACAGUCCGCCAGAUGAGGUGCACUUCAAAGUGACCAAAGCCCCUAUCAACGGGCGACUGGUUGACUCACUUACAAUGGACCCCAUCUCUGAGUUCACACAGGAGAUGGUCAAUCGCGGGCAGGUGGGCUUCUUCAGCGAUGGCAGCCUUGCCGAUGGCUUUAUGGAAUUCAUCGUGUCUGAUGGAGAACACCAAACAGAGCCAUACACGCUCCACAUCGGCGUCUUAGCUCGCAUCCUGUUUCUAGACAAAGCCCCGGAGAUCAAGGUGAAGCAAGGCGAUGAUGAGACCCUGGUGACUGAGGAGAUGUUGAGGGCCACUACCGGGGGCCCUGUUGAAGAGGACAUCCUUUACAAGAUCACAAGUGUCCCUAAGUAUGCAGCUGUCAUGGUAGACCGGCAGCCUACAUCCGCCUUCACGCAGACACAGAUCAAAGAAGGUCGAGUCAGUGUCCGCUUUGUUAAGUCCACUUCACCCCGAGACAGCGUUGCAUUCAUAGCCCGUAGCAAGGCUGCUAAUGUCUCCUCUGUCCUCAACAUUACAGUCCAGCCUCUGGCCAACAUCGCUCAGGAUCCUCUCUUACCCCAAGGUGCUCUUGUCCAACUGGACAGGAAACUUCUGGAUGCAACUCCCCUGGCAAACAAGACCAGAACCUCCCCCACAUUCACUGUCAUCCAACAACCCCAGGGGGCUCGUUUUGUAAGGUCUGGAGGUCCUGGUGCAGGUCAGCCAGUGGACACAUUCAGCCAGAAGGAGCUGGACGAGGGCCGUGUAGCUAUGGAAAUCCUAAAUAGUGCUUCUGGAUCACGAGGUAGUGUCAGUCAGGAUGAGGCCCGCUUCCUGCUCAAAGCCCAUGGGGUUCCUCCUGCAGAAUGUGUGUUUUCCUUCCAGACGGGCCCCUACAAUGCCUCUGGGGUCUACCCUGCCACUCUAUUGAGGAUUCCCUCAGAGGCCCCAUCAACAGACAGUAAUGACCUCCCUGGUGUGGGUGGGUCUCCUCGUUCCACCUCAGCUAGCCCCCGCUGGGGGGGCAACAUGGACUGGCCCCACGGAGAUGCCCCCACCACAACAUCUUCUGGCUCUAGCUCCCAUGGGAAACCACAUGUUUACCGGCGCAGCAACUUCUGGUCUAUUCUCAUUCCAAUCCUGGUAAUCCUUCUCCUCUUGUUGCUGGCAGCCAUCAUGGCCUACUACCUGAUCCGUAAAAACAAGACAGGCAAGCACGACGUCCAGACAGCAGCAACCAAGCCCAAAAAUGGAGAGGUAGCCAGCGCAGAAACCUUUCGCAAAACUGACCCGGCCAAUAACAUCCCAAUGUCCAACAUGGAUUCCAAAGCCGCAGACCCGGAGUUGUUGCAGCACUGUCGGACAACAAACCCGGCCUUGAAAAAGAACCAGUACUGGGUCUGAGACACUUUGAGAUAAGACACAGAGGGAGGUGGAUCCUCGAGUGUUUGGAAGUCUCCUAAAAUCUUUCCUUUCAGUAUUAAAGACCUCUUGCCACACCAGUUUAAAUGAAAAUAAUGUUUUGAAACCAUUGGUUAUUUACUUAUCUCAACAUAACUGUGGACAAAUUCUCAGGCAAUGAAACACUGAAUUCUUAUUGGCAAAGAAAGAGGCAGUUUCUUAUCUAAUGAGGCUCAGGCCAUAUCUAUUUAUUUUAGUUUUAUCAUUCCUCUUUGUCAAAGGGCACAAAUGAAGACAUAAACAUGCCAUGUGUUUGCAACGUAUCUUGGGUGUGCCCUGUCAUUGUAUUCCAUAUGAUAUCAUAGGCCAAUAUUAUUAAUUUGAGUGGAUAGGUGAUUUAAAGUCAUUGUGAUGGUUUGGUUUUAGUUUUUGGUUCAUUAGGAUAGUUGAUAAGCCUUGUACAUAGAUGAUGAGGUAAAUAUAUGCUGCAUUAUCAAGAAGAUCAAAAACUGCCUCUUUGUGUUUUCUCUUUUAAUUUUUCAAUGUUUUUAAGGUACCGUUGUAUUGUGUUUCUCAGGGCUAAAUUCAGUUUAAAGGAACAGAACAAGGUUUUGGAAAAUAUGCUAAUUCACUUGUUUUCUUCCAAGAGUUAGAUGAGAAGAUAGAUACCACUCUAAUGCCUGAGAGUAGUAUCUAUCUUCUCUACUAACUCUCAGUAAGAGAGCGAAUAAGCUUAAUUCCCAAAAUGUCAAACUUUGACUUUAAUGUCGUCACACAAUAGCAUUUCACUUUUACUUUUGUGUGGAAAGAAGAUGGUUUGAUACUAAAAACUGUUUAAAAUGAAGAACUUGUAGCAACAGCUUGCACAGGUUUGAUUGAAUUUAGCUUAAGAGUUAUGUCAUCAUCUGUCAUAUGUUAUUAUUUCUGCAUGCUUCCAAAGUGCUUGUAAAUAUUCACUGGACUGGCACAGCACUGACCGCACUACUACACAGUUUGUAGACCACAGGCAGGAGGUUAUUUCAGUAGUAUUGGUCUUUAACACAUCCGUUUUGGCUGAAAAGCAGGAGUGAAGUCAUCUCUAACUGGGAUGUUUUCAGUUUCCAAAUCUGCAAUUAAGAAUUCAUAAAAACUGGCUGGUGCUUGGAUGGGGAUAUUGAAUAAAAUGCUCUACUGGUUAGGUUACAUUGAUUUAAAAUGAAGACAUUGACAGUUUAUUUUUUUUCACAGCUAUUUUUGAUUUUAAGCAUUCCAUAUGUAAGCUAAAUAUAAAGCCUGUCAUAAAUUGAAAUCAUGUGAUUUAUUUUACUCUUUAGACUUAUUUUGUAUGUUGAAACUAGGAAGAGUGUAAAUGUAAAUCAGACUCCUUUUGUUCCUCUUAAGACGUCUUCAUUUAUCUGGUUGUUGAAUGUUGAAUGAAGUACUUUAGGUGAAGUAGAAAGUGUACAAUGAGAAGAUCAGAUAACUUUUUUUCAUCCACUAAAGAAAAGAAAGACUCAACUAUUUCUUUUCUAAAAAGUGUUUGACUAUUUGCUGUACAUUUCUUUUCUCAAACUGUAUACCGAUGACACCUUAUUCUUUGCUAGUCAUAUACUGAAUAUACAAUAGUUACUUUGCAGUAUUUGUGUAUUGAUCUUAUAUUUUUGUAAUGUUUUGAGAGCAGGAAAUGUAGGUUGAGAUUUUACAGACAGCACAGAGCUCAGGAAGUGAUGUGUUUGCAGGAGACUGUGUAUUUCCAGUGACAUCUCUUACAGAUAGCUGAAAUAAAAGUAUUGGUUUCUCCUUCAGGAUAUUACAUCCACAUCUUACCAGUUUUAUGUGUAAAUAUUUAGUUUUUGAGUAAGAUUCUUUGGGCUUGAUUAACUUUUUGAAACAUAUAUAUCAUGUUUUGUGUCAAAGGUACAUGUAACUACAUUUAAUUAGACUGAUCAACCACAAAGUAUGCCUGUGUCUGUUUGUGUGUCUGUGUCUGUUUGUGCUGUGUGUUUGUGAAGGUGCCCAUCACUCUUCUGUUUUCUGCUUACUAAAGGCUGAGUUCAUUGAAGUUCAUCACCACCCCUCAUUUUUCAUUAUUUAUUAUUUCUGUCACUCCCCAUACAUCAAGUCAUACUCAAGUUAUGUGAUUUGUCAGAGAUUAAACUGUAAUCUGUAAACUGCAGGUACCUUUAAAAAAUAAUAAUAAUACAAAGCAAUGUUCAGAUUCUGGAACAAGAGAAAUGUCUAUUGCUGCAGAAUGCCUCUGAGCUUGUUCUCGGCACUAAUGGAAAUAAAAACGUUAAUGCAACAAGCCUCCUUUAA